AGGACUGUAAUAGAUCUGAGAGCUCACCGCCUCCCCCAGAUUAAGAUGGGACCCAGGCAGCUCGGGUAAUAGAGGCUGGAGCCACUGUUUGGCUCCGUUGGAUUCUUUCUCGCUGUAGAGGGCAGCUGAGCCCCAGCCCUGCAGGCCCCUUCCCGCGCCACCCACCCGCCUACUCUGCAGCCUUGGUGGACACCUCGUCCUCUGCUGCACAUCCAAAGGAUGGCCUACAGCUGCCCAGAUAAGAAGGGGCUGGGCACCCAAACCCAUGUUUGGGAGAAGCAGAAGAUUCAGCCCCAGAGGAAAGAUUGUCUGUCACUAUUGGUGAGGCCCCCGAUGGUCUGGAACUCUGUGUUCUAGCCCACUUUGUUCCUGCCUCUGUGGCCUUAGGCAGGCUCCUCCCCCGUGUGUGCCUCAGUUUCCCCCGCUGUACCAAGAGUGGCUGUUAUAUUGGUAUCGGGGCCUUUCCAUUUCCGUAUUCCCGAGGCCUGCUGGUCUGAAGAUCAGCCGCCAGGGGGCGUAGCGAGCUCAGGCUCUGCUAUCGCCCCGCCCCUCCAGACUUCUGGCCUCGGACUCAGCUGUUGCUACAGCCCCGCAGGCAAGGCCCCACCCUGCCUUGCCCCCGACAAUGGCUCACUGCUUCCCUGCUGAAGAUGACUGUCCCCUUCCCGCAGUCGCAACCCGUGGUGCUUCUCUCUCCAUUGCCCUCCCCACCUCAGCCUUACGGGCACCUGGUGGGGGUAAAGGAUGGGUUCUGAGUCACCGCGCCUCCAGCCUCAGCAUGUUGUGGGCUUGGGAAGCUCGUAGUUUGCUGGCGAUAGGGCAGGGAGGAUGAAAAGGCCCUUCUUCAUUAACGAUGGGACCAUGUUUCUGGCGCCCCGCAUCCCCAGCCCCCCCUUCAGCCUGGGUGUCUAGGGAUGGACAGUCUGGGUGAGCUCUGGCCCAAUCCAUUAGGAUCUUAAUGCUGGGAUUCUGAGAAUCCUAACCUGUGAUCCCGAGGAGCUUGAGGCUGGGGUCCAGGAGUUCGGGGUGCUAGGGGCUGCAGCCCCAGGGGAGGGGGCUGCUGUGGCCACAUCAGGGGCACAGACACGGGUAGGGCAUCUGGCACUAGGUGCACUCCUACAGCAGCAAGUACACACAGCCUGGUGCCAGCCCCUGGCCAAGCCAGCAGCUUGACGUGCAUGGUCUGCUCAAGGUGGCAGGUCAUAGUGGGUGGCCAUGAGCAGCCACGGGGUGACAAAUCGCAGUAGGUGAGGCUGAGAUAAGGUGGACCUAGGUGAGGUCCAUCAGCCAGUGGCGCACAGCGAGCACCGUUGCGGCCUGUAGUUCCCAGGCGCCGCCGCUGACAUUGUGGGGCGGUGGCAGUGCCUCGACACCGUGGGCCAGCUGGUCGCGGUAGAGCACCGCGUCAUCAGACAGCUUUCGGCGCAGCGUGUGGAGCUGUGCGGGCCCAGGUCCACCGCGGCACAGCUCCUCCGCCACCAUCCAGAGGGCUCAUAGGAGGUGCCAGCAGGUGCAGUGGCAGCUCUGGGCACACAUGCUUGGGCUUGGGCACGUACUGGUCAUCGCCAGAGGCCAAGACAGGCUAUAGGGCCGAGGACCAGUCGCGGACAAGCUGCACUUACACACCCUGCAGAGCCUGGGUCUCUGGGGACCACUCCCAAGGCCCAUCACCUGUCCUCUACGUUGGGUGCGGGGUUCAAGGCCACAGUCACCAGGAGCAGCGGUUGGAGCAAGGGAAGACGGGUGCCUGGGGCCCGCUGGGACUCGGGCCACAGCGAGGCGCCCUUCCUGCCUUCCCCACAGGUGGUCUCUCUGGUUGCCACCAUCCUCCCUCCUCCUCUGCUAUCAUAUCAGCAGCUCAGCCUUGCUGCUGCUGGGAGCUCUGCCCUAGUACCGCCCCUGCCCAUCCAGAGCUUAGCCUCCAACAAGGAGGGACAUGGUGGGCUGGGGGCUCCCAAGCGGAGGGAGGACGGUGUGUCAGGGACCUCGGGGCUUUCAGGGUCCAGGCCUGCCACAUUCGUGAGUCCAGGCUUCUGGGAAUCUAACAGUGCAUUACUUUCAUACAGGGUGGUUGUGGACCCCUAAAUUCUUAAAUCCCACCACACCAAGUCUGGAUCCUACAAUUCUGCUCUUCAGAGAUCACACGAUUCUACGAUUCUAAUUCCUUAAUUCAAUUUUGAUAGCUCUGAAUUCAGGUUUGGAGAAUCUAGGUAUGAUCCCUAAUAUCUUCAAUUCAGUGAGUCUCUGCUUCCAGAAACUGGGGGAUGCGCUGCAUCUGGGAUGGGUGACAUGAGGCUUUAGAGGUGCCUGAGCACUGGUGAAAAUCCCAGGGCCCGUGGGAAGCCAGCUCUGAAGAGUCUCUUCCCGGCUCCUCAGGCCUUGGUUACAAGUCCUGCCUUCAUCAGCGUCCCCUCAGACUGUUUUCUCUCCCCUUUCACAGACUUCUUGACAUUCGCCCCACCCUCCCAGCUUCUAGAAAGACACCACACAGUGCCUACCAGCUCUCCUCUCCCUUAAUUCAUUACAGACAGCAUCCUGGCCCCACUACACUUGUCUAGUUUUCAACAACCACCUUGUUGCUGAAUCUAAUGCACCUCACACCCCGGGUGCUGGCCUCCUACCCUCUGGAAGCAUGUGGCCAUGUGGCCCACUCCUCCAAGAGGUCCAGACCAGAACCCCAUGACUGAAUGAUACAGCCAUUCACCGAGACCUAGUAACCUCUUCGGCUGUUGCCUGGACAAGAGGCUCCUAAUGGCUCACUCAUUAAAUCGCUCCCCUUCUAUUCAUCCUUUUAACCCCAGGCCGUAAUAAACUAAUUACACAAUAAAUGCGCAGGUCCUGUCCCUGCUCUAGAACCUCCUCUAGUUCCCCAUUCCCCUCAGGCUAAAGCCAGACUCUUUGGACAGACACAUAAACCCUGCAGGCUUCGGGCAGACUGAACCCCUAGAACAAUCUUAGGGAAACUGGUGGGUCUCAGGAUUCUCAGGCGCCAGGAAGAGUAGUUCUAUCUGAAGUCUGCAGCAAAGGGGCUCCUGGAUUCCUAGCAUAGGACACGCCACUCAAGACUAGGAGUCCCGGGACUUCCCUGAUUGUCCAGUGAUUAAGACCCCGCGCUUCCAGUGCAGGGGGUGGUCGGGGAACUAAGAUCCCACAUGCCACACAGCGCGGCCAAAAAAAAAAAAGACUAGGGGUCCUUUCUGAGCUUCGGUUGGAGCCCUUCUUGGAGCAGGGAGCAGAGACGAUGGGGAAGCAGGACCACAGGAGGUGAGAGGGCCAGGAAUGGACUGGGCCCUGGGCACAGAGGGGUUAACUACAAAGCGAGAAUCUCAGAGAGCGAGAUCAAUGGGUUACUCGCUGCAGAAAGAGGCAGAAGCAACGCAGAGAGGCAGAGGAGAGCCGGACAGAAGAGCAUGCCAUCCGGGGGAAAUCAGGGAAUGAGGAGGAAGUGCCCAAGUCCAGCUCAGCAGAGGAAGGCCAAGGAGAGGAGGGAGCCUUGGGAGGCAGACCUGUACCUGCAGGUAGGCACCAAGGGGUGGCCACUGAGCCAGGAGGCAGCUUCAGCCUGGCCGGUUCGCCCAGGAUCAAGCAGGAGCCCAGUGCCCAGGGUUGAGGUGCCUGUUUGAUGAGGAGAUGACUGAUGCCCAGAACGUUUCGCUGGACAGCCCAGGGAGUAUGGGGGCUGUGGCAGUGCCCGUGGUCUUUGCCCUCAUCUUCCUGCUGGGCACAGUGGGCAAUGGGCUGGUGCUGGCAGUGCUGCUGCAGCCCGGCCUGGGCGCCUGGCGGGAGCCGGGCAGCACUACGGAUCUGUUCAUCCUCAACCUGGCAGUGGCCGAUCUCUGCUUCAUCCUGUGCUGUGUGCCUUUCCAGGCCGCCAUCUACACGCUCGAUGCCUGGCUUUUCGGGGCCCUCGUUUGUAAGGCUGUGCACCUGCUCAUCUACCUCACCAUGUACGCCAGCAGCUUCACGCUGGCGGCUGUCUCGGUGGACAGGUACCUGGCCGUACGGCACCCGCUGCGCUCCCGGGCGCUGCGCACGCCGCGCAACGCCCGCGCCGCCGUGGGUCUGGUCUGGCUGCUGGCGGCGCUCUUCUCGGCGCCCUACCUCAGCUACUACGGCAUCGUGCGCUACGGCGCGCUCGAGCUCUGCGUGCCCACCUGGGAGGACGCGCGCCGCCGCGCCCUCGACGUGGCCACCUUCGCCGCCGGCUACCUGCUGCCCGUGGCCGUGGUGAGCCUGGCCUACGGACGCACGCUGCGCUUCCUGUGGGCGGCCGUGGGUCCCGCGAGCGCGGCGGCGGCCGAGGCCCGGCGCAGAGCCGCGGGACGCGCCAUGCUGGCGGUGGCCGCGCUCUACGCCCUCUGCUGGGGCCCGCACCACGCGCUCAUCCUCUGCUUCUGGUACGGCCGCUUCGCCUUCAGCCCGGCCACCUACGCCUGUCGCCUGGCUUCGCACUGCCUCGCCUACGCCAACUCCUGCCUCAACCCACUGGUCUACGCGCUCGCCUCGCGCCACUUCCGCGCGCGCCUCCGCCGCCUGUGGCCCUGCGGCCGCCGCCGCCCCCGCUGCCCCCCGGGCGCCCGCCGCGCCCUCCGUCGCGUCCGCCCGGCGUCCGCAGGCCCUGCCGGCUGCCUCGGGGACGCUAGGCCUCGCGGGCAGCUGCCGACUGGCGGGGAGCCGGGUCGGGAACCGGCCCGCGGCACAGAGGCUGGCCGGGCCCUUCCUGCCCGAGGACCGGAAUAAACCUUGUCUGCCUCCAC